GGAAAAAAAGAAUGGAAGAAGUAAUAGUAUGGCAUUGGCAUUGGGUAACGCUAUUCCUCUCUCAAACUUGAAACCUUGUCCAAAGUUAUCUUGUUGUUGUAUGAAGAAACUCUUUUUCACUCACUCAGUCCCCAUUUCUCGCAUCCCAACAACGCCAAAGCGUACUCCCACCACCGUAGUUCGAGCCACUUCCUCUUUCGGGUCUCGCCUCGAAGACACCAUCAAGAAGACUGUAGCCGAGAACCCAGUGGUGCUUUAUUCCAAAACAUGGUGCUCCUAUUCUUCUGAGGUCAAAAUCUUGUUCAAAAAGCUCGGCGUCGACCCAUUGGUCUUCGAAUUAGACGAAAUGGGUCCUCAAGGCCCACAGUUGCACAAGGUAUUGGAAAGGAUCACAGGGCAACACACUGUGCCAAAUGUAUUUAUUGGCGGCAAGCACAUUGGCGGCUGUACAGAUACACUGAAGCUGUAUCGGAAAGGAGAACUUGAACCUUUGCUAUCAGAAGCUAAUGCUAAAAAAACAGGGAGCUAAGCUGUUGACUGGCAUCCUAAAGGGAACCUGAUCCCGUUACCAAGUUGUUACUUUUAAGGUCAAUGCAGUUUUCUCAAUGUUAUUGUUUGUCACAAAUGAUGGUUGAAAGAAAUCAGACCGCACUGAUAACUUGAAAAUUGACGUUUAGUUAGGAAUUUAUAGUUACAAAUAUGCAGUUGAAAAGUUGCAACUUGGGAUUGUACCUGGAAUAUGGAUAUAUUUAUAUUUUACUUCUUAGUUAGUUAAUGAUUCUACUCGACCAUUUUGUUUUAGAUGGCACGAUUGUCAUGCUCAAUCCAAAAUACAAUAAAUAAGGCACAA